UGCCCGGCCGCGGCUGACAGAGUCAACCGCCCGGCCUCGUCCGGUGUUGGCUGCCGCCGCCCUCACCCCAGCGCCGCGACUCGGCUCACGCCUCUCCUGCCAGCUGCUCAGGACUCGGCGGUCCUGUCAGACCGCUGAGGGCACGACGGCGACGGCGGCUGCGGCGGCCCCGGAGGCGCGAGAGGCGCCGGGGUCGCGGCGGCGAUUGGCCGGCCGCGGCGCCUGCUCCCAUAAUGCAGCGCAUGGCGCGUCAUUGAAGAGAGACCAUGAUGGCGGCUGCGCUGGGGCCCCCAGAAGUGAUCGCUCAGCUGGAGAACGCGGCCAAAGUUCUGAUGGCCCCACCUUCCAUGGUCAGUAAUGAACAACGCCAGCAUGCAGAGCACAUACUCCUAUCCUUUAGGAAAUCCAAAUCACCAUUUGCAGUUUGCAGGCAUAUUUUGGAAACCAGUAAAGUGGACUAUGUCCUUUUUCAAGCUGCCACAGCCAUAAUGGAAGCAGUUGUCCGAGAAUGGGUUCUCUUGGAAAAAGGCAGUAUUGAGUCGCUGAGAACAUUCCUCCUAACCUAUGUCUUGCAAAGGCCUCACCUCCAAAAGUAUGUUCGGGAACAGAUUCUAUUAGCAGUAGCCGUAAUUGUAAAACGAGGAUCAUUAGAUAAGUCAAUUGACUGCAAAAGCAUUUUUCAUGAAGUCAGCCAAUUGAUAAGUAGUGGCAAUCCCACUGUGCAAACUCUGGCCUGUUCUAUUCUAACUGCACUGUUAAGUGAGUUCUCAAGUUCAAGUAAAACUAGCAACAUUGGACUGAGUAUGGAAUUCCAUGGUAACUGCAAACGAGUCUUUCAGGAAGAAGACCUUCGCCAGAUCUUCAUGUUAACGGUUGGAGUUCUUCAGGAGUUCAGCAGGCGGGAGAACCUUAGUGCUCAGAUGUCUUCAGUGUUUCAGCGGUACCUUGCACUAGCCAACCAAGUCCUGAGCUGGAAUUUUCUCCCUCCAAACUUGGGCAGACAUUAUAUAGCUAUGUUCGAAUCCUCACAAAAUGUGCUGUUGAAGCCAACGGAGUCCUGGCGGGAGACUCUUCUGGACAGCAGAGUCAUGGAACUUUUCUUCACAGUACACCGAAAAAUCAGAGAAGAUUCAGAUAUGGCACAGGAUUCUCUGCAGUGCCUUGCCCAGUUAGCUUCUCUACAUGGACCCAUCUUUCCCGAUGAAGGAUCCCAGGUUGAUUAUCUAGCACACUUCAUUGAGGGAUUGCUGAACACUAUCAAUGGAAUCGAAAUAGAAGAUUCUGAAGCUGUGGGAAUCUCCAGCAUUAUCAGCAAUCUGAUAACUGUGUUCCCUCGGAAUGUCUUAACUGCCAUCCCCAGCGAACUUUUCUCCUCCUUUGUUAACUGCCUCACACAUCUCACUUGUUCUUUUGGGCGAAGUGCUGCGUUAGAGGAAGUGCUUGAUAAGGAUGACAUGGUAUACAUGGAAGCAUAUGAUAAAUUGCUGGAGUCCUGGCUAACUUUGGUCCAAGAUGACAAGCAUUUCCAUAAAGGUUUUUUUACUCAGCAUGCAGUUCAAGUUUUCAAUUCCUAUAUUCAGUGCCACCUUGCUGCUCCAGAUGGCACAAGGAAUUUGACUGCCAAUGGUGUGGCCUCUCGUGAGGAAGAAGAAAUAAGCGAGCUUCAAGAAGAUGACCGAGACCAGUUUUCUGAUCAGUUAGCCAGUGUAGGAAUGCUAGGAAGAAUUGCUGCCGAACACUGUAUGCCUCUUCUGACAAGUUUAUUAGAAGAAAGGGUAACAAGACUCCAUGGUCAGUUACAACGACAUCAGCAACAGUUACUGGCUUCCCCUGGAUCGAGCACCAUUGACCACAAAAUGCUUGAUGAUCUCUACGAAGAUAUUCACUGGCUUAUUUUAGUUACAGGCUACCUCUUAGCUGAUGAUACUCAGGGAGAGACUCCGCUAAUACCUCCAGAAAUAAUGGAAUAUUCCAUUAAGCAUUCAUCUGAAGUUGACAUUAAUACAACACUUCAAAUUUUGGGAUCUCCAGGAGAAAAGGCUUCUUCCAUCCCAGGGUACAGCAGAACAGAUUCUGUGAUUAGGCUGUUGUCUGCAGUGCUAAGAGUCUCAGAAGUUGAAUCUCGAGCAAUAAGAGCAGAUCUCACUCACCUACUAAGCCCUCAAAUGGGCAAAGAUAUUGUUUGGUUUCUAAAACGCUGGGCCAAGACUUAUCUCCUGGUAGAUGAAAAACUGUAUGAUCAGAUAAGUUUGCCAUUGAGCACAGCCUUUGGAGCAGAUACAGAGGGUUCCCAGUGGAUUAUUGGCUACCUCUUACAGAAGGUCAUCAGCAAUCUGUCAGUCUGGAGUAGUGAGCAAGACCUUGCAAAUGACACUGUACAGCUCCUUGUCACAUUGGUCGAAAGAAGAGAAAGGGCAAACUUAGUAAUUCAGUGUGAAAACUGGUGGAACCUAGCAAAGCAGUUUGCAAGCCGAAGCCCACCUCUUAAUUUCUUGUCAAGCCCAGUACAGAGGACACUGAUGAAGGCUUUGGUCUUGGGAGGUUUUGCACAUAUGGACACAGAAACAAAGCAGCAGUAUUGGACAGAGGUUCUUCAGCCUCUGCAGCAGCGAUUCCUGAGAGUGAUCAACCAAGAGAACUUUCAGCAGAUGUGUCAGCAGGAGGAAGUCAAGCAGGAGAUCACUGCCACACUGGAGGCUCUGUGUGGCAUAGCUGAGGCCACCCAGAUCGACAAUGUAGCCAUUCUUUUUAAUUUUUUAAUGGACUUCCUUAACAAUUGCAUUGGGUUAAUGGAAGUUUACAAAAAUACUCCAGAAACUGUCAAUCUCAUUAUAGAAGUUUUUGUUGAAGUUGCACAUAAACAGAUAUGCUAUCUUGGAGAGUCCAAAGCUAUGCAUUUAUAUGAAGCCUGCCUUACUUUGUUGCAAGUAUAUUCUAAGAACAAUCUAGGGCGGCAAAGGAUAGAUGUUACAGCGGAAGAAGAGCAGUACCAGGACCUGCUUCUCAUUAUGGAGCUCCUCACUAACCUGCUCUCCAAGGAGUUCAUAGAUUUCAGUGACACAGAUGAAGUGUUUAGAGGACACGAGCCAGGACAAGCAGCAGGCAGAUCUGUGUCAGCAGCUGAUGUUGUUUUAUAUGGAGUGAACCUCAUUCUGCCCUUAAUGUCACAAGAUCUCUUGAAGUUUCCAACCCUUUGUAAUCAAUACUACAAAUUGAUCACAUUUAUUUGUGAGAUUUUUCCUGAAAAAAUACCCCAGCUUCCUGAGGAUCUGUUUAAGAGUCUGAUGUAUUCUCUAGAACUAGGAAUGACCUCAAUGAGUUCAGAAGUAUGCCAGCUCUGCCUUGAGGCCUUAACACCAUUGGCUGAACAAUGUGCUAAAGCACAAGAAACUGAUUCACCACUUUUUCUAGCAACUCGGCACUUCCUUAAGCUGGUUUUUGAUAUGCUGGUAUUGCAGAAGCACAACACAGAGAUGACGACUGCAGCAGGAGAGGCGUUCUACACAUUGGUGUGUUUGCACCAGGCUGAGUAUUCUGAACUAGUUGAGACAUUACUGUCAAGUCAGCAGGACCCAAUCAUUUACCAGAGAUUAGCAGAUGCCUUCAACAAGCUCACUGCAAGCAGCACUCCUCCUACCCUGGACCGGAAGCAGAAGAUGGCCUUCCUAAAGAGUUUAGAAGAAUUUAUGGCAAAUGUUGGUGGUCUCCUUUGUGUGAAAUAAACCGCAGAGCUAUAUUCUUAA